GGAGUUGAACCUAUAUGGGUUCAAAUUCGACUUCUGUCCACCACCGAGACCUGCGUUCCGGGUGGGACUCGCUUUCCCAUCCGCGAAACGGGGACGGCGCCGCCUCCACCCCGCGGCGUUCCGGGCGGGCUGAAUGGGACGCCGAGUACUGGCUCCAGCCACGCCCUUCCCUCCCCGCCCCCGGCGCCGAGCGACUGCCAAGGCAGUGUCCCCAGGGGACCGAAACCGGGGCGGGGUCUCGGUCCCUCCGCGGAAGGAGGGAGCCGGUCCGUACCAGGCAGGAGUCGCCGCCCCGCGCCGCCGCGCUCCCCGAGCCAUGGCGCCUUCCCUGUGGCGGGCCUGCAACGGGCUCAUGGCCGCCUUCUUCGCGCUGGCGGCCUUCGUGCAGGUGGUGUACACAAUCCCUGCAGUACUGACCCUGCUUGUUGGACUUAACCCUCAAGUCACAGGUAAUGUUAUUUGGAAAAGUAUCUCUGCAAUACACAUACUCUUUUGUAUGGUGUGGGCUGUUGGCUUGGCGUACUACCUCUUGCGUCAUACACAACAGAACAUCUUACAUGAGGAAGAAGGCAGGGAGCUGUGUGGUCUGGUGAUUAUUACAGCAUGGAUUAUCCUGUGCCGCAGUUCCUCAAAGACUCCAGUUGGUGGAAGAAUUCAGUUGGCUAUUGCCAUUGUAAUCACACUUUUCCCAUUUAUUUCAUGGGUCUACAUAUAUAUUAACAAGGAAAUGCGGUCCUCCUGGCCAACUCAUUGCAAGACAGUCAUUUAAAUAAAUUCAAGAACUUUGUUUUUAAAAUGAAUAUUUUCAAUCAAUUUUUUAUGAACAUUAGAGGAACAAGCCAGGAGUUUAUUUCAGGUAAUUUGGGCUAACAGAGUUUUUUAAAACUCCAAAUAACUUUUUAAGGGUGCGUAUAAUUUGAUAUAAGAUUGGAUGGGACAAGUAAGAGAUGGUCUGAUAUUUUCUGGAAGACUUUCUGCAGGGUCUUGUGUCAUAAUGUAGUGGAAAAGGCUGGAGAAUAGCAGUUUAAAAAUACGAGUUCUAACUCAACUUUGUAACUAUGUAAUUUGGGCAAAUAUAUAAACCUCCUAGUGGAUAUUUCUUUAUAACACAGGAUUAAUGCCACAUCUACUUACUUAUACAGUAGCAAGGACCAAUCUAGAUAAUGUAAGAACACUCUGAAGAUAUAAAGUAUUCGGAAAGAUUACGGAGGGCUGUCCAUGAUUAAAAUAGAGGGGAGCAGGGAUUGGGUAAUAUACUGAAAUAGAGGUUCAAGAGAGGGCUAUACCCCGAUCUUUCUUUCUUUCUUUUUUUUU